AUGCCGCCGAACGCAAACAGCACAAUCGUUUCAGUGGAAAUCAAUCGUUUCGCUGCUGGAAAUGCGAGUGAGGAAGCCGAUGGAAAAAUAUGCUCGGUUUCGUUGAAAUUCGAUAUGCCGCAGCAGCAGAUGGAAUGUAUCGUCCGUCGCAACUAUGUGAAGAGGAAUAUGCCAAUGAUAGUUUUGAUGCAGUUUGGCGGACCAGAGAAUUAUUCUAUUGUGAAUUCCAGCAAGGGAAUAGUGGCGUAA